UUUUUUUUUCUUGUUCUUAUUUUUUUUUUCCCUUUUAUUAUUAUUAUUAUUAUUAUUAUUUAAUACUCCCUUACCUUUCCUUUUUCUUCUUAUUUCUUUAUUUUGAAUGUUGAAUAAAUUUACAAAGGGUUUAGCUUUAUUCUCUAGUUUUGCCCUUGUCGCUUCUCAAAAUACUUCUCAAUGUCUUCAAUAUCCUAGUUCUGGUAUUUGUGCUCAAUACAUCGACUAUCCAGUUUAUACGAAAAUUGGUAUCAAUGCUACUGAACAACAAGCAUUAGCUACUUUACCAGUAUUGAAACAACAAAUGGGAGCUAUUGAUCCAGGAUGUGUUGAUACUUAUUAUCGUUAUGCUUGCUCUGCAGCCUAUCCCAAAUGUACAGCCACCGCAAAUCAAACAACAAUUCUUGCAGGUUGUUUAUCAACUUGUAAUGAAAUACAACGAAGCUGUGGUUUAAUCUUUGAACUCACUAAUCAAACAAGUCUUCUUCCCAACUGUAAUCAACAACCAGGCAUUCCACUUCAAUCUGAUGAUAGUUGUAAUUUGAUCAAACCUCAAGUGGAUAAUCAACAUAGUGGACUCAAUUUAUCUGCUAUUCCAGCUGAUUUCAAACUUUCAACAUGCCCAGCCCCAUUCCUUAUCGAUCCUAUUGCUCAACAAGAUCCAACCAAAUCCUCUAAUCCUAUUAGUUGUCGAUUUGGUUGUUGUAUUCCUUGUCCAUAUCAAAACUAUUUAUAUAAUGAAGGUUGGAUUGAACAUGCCUUUUUUGCUACUGAUAUUGUUCGGUCCGUUUCAGCCGUUGGUGCGUUCUUUAUUAUGGUUAGUUACUUUGUCUUACCUGACAAACGAAGACAUCCUUCUCUUUUGAUUUUGAACUUCUCCGUUGCAGUUUUCCUUUUCAGUUUUGUGGCAUUCUUUUCAGUGGGCAAUCCAAAGAAACUACAAUGUGCAGAUGCUAUCACUGCAAGUACACAAGGAAACAAUAGUUUAUGUGCUGCUCAAGGUGCUAUAUUAAUGUUUUCAUCCCUUGCUACUGUUCUUUGGUGUUGUGCUUUGAUUGUUAAUUUACACCUUCACACUGUAUGGUCCUCCAACUUCUUUACCAACCGAUACUUCUUGUUACAUUUGAUAUGUUGGGGUAUUCCUGCUGCUUUUAUGGCAGCUGCUCUUGGUUUGAAACAAAUCCAAUAUGAAUUUGCUAAUCUUUGUCUUGUAUCUUUGGAUGAAAUAUUCAACUUAUUCUUCUAUCCAAUGGCAGCCAUUGUUAUUCCAAGUUUUGUACUUCAUAUGGGAACAUUUUUAUAUAUUGCCAGAAUUGCUGUGAGGGAAGGUAUUGACUCAGAUCUAUCACAAUCGGCCUCCAAUGGAUCUAUAGGACGUGCUCAUCGUGCUGUUCGACAUAAACAUGUCAUUCAAGCUGUUCAUAUUCAAUGGCGUGCUCUUCUUUUGGCAGUGAUUGCAUGCACCACUGUAUUAUUUUACUGGAUCUUCUAUUUCACUCAACUUCGACAUGCUUCUGAUUUCUCAUCCGAUUCUUCCAUCAUUGAUAGUUGGCUCCAAUGUAUGAUUACACCUGGAAAUACUCAAGAUUCUUGUGUUAGUAUUGUAAGUUCACAUUUACCUCCCUUUGGUCUAAUGGUGGCUGCUGAAGCUUUAGUGAGUGUCAUUGGUAUUUGGAUCUUCCUCAUCUUUGCCAAACGAUCUAUAUUCAUUGAAUGGAAUGAUUUGAUUUAUAAUGUACGAGUCUAUCUUGGUGGUCGUGGAAGAGCUGAAAAACAUGGUGAACAAUUCUUCCAACUUUGAUGAUGAUUCAUUAUUCCCCCUUCACCUUCCUUCUAUGCUCCAUUCACACACACGUAUACAUUUCUAUCUAUCACAACUAUUGUAUCUUUUAUUUCUCAUGAUAAUUUUCCUGUUAGUUUAGUGAUAUGCACAAAGGUACCACUUGUUUUUAUUUUAUUUUUUUAUUACUCUUUAUUAUUUAGUCUUUGAUCUAUCACUCUAGUUUAUUUUAGUUAUUCCUUUUACAUUUUUUUUUUUUGCAUACUAUUUCUAUCUCUUAUUUCUAUCCAUCUAUUUAUUUAUUCGUUUUUUUUUUUUUUUUGUUACCCUCUGG